AUGUACACCAAAAGCGGCAACGCGCAAAACGGGGCCAACGGCCCCAACGAUGAAAAUUAUCGAAAUGAUGAGAAUUGUGAAAAUAAUAAAAUGAAUAUGAACAAUUACAAAAAUAUCAUGCACAAUCAGAAAAAAAAAAAACUGGGUCUGAUGGAAAUGGAUUAUUUAGACAAGGCCGUCAUGUUUAGUAAGGCAGAUAAGAAAGGCAACAACUGUGUGGCGGGGAGGGGUCCCCACCAAGACACCUACGACGGCGCAGAGGUGGAGGAAGAGGAGGAAGAAGACGAAGAAGACGAAGACGACGAAGACGACGAUGAGGAUGACGAAGACUACCAAGUUGGCGACGACGAGGAAGAUGACGAAGAAGACGAUGAUGACGACUACGAAGAGGAAGAGUACGACGACGAAGUCAGGCAAAUUAACUUCAACUCGUACAAUAAUUAUUAUUACGAGGCAGCCAACGCAGAGGAGGAGGGAGAAACGAAUCUGCCGAUGGACCACCAGACGAUGAAUAAAAAUGAAAAAGUACAAAAUGGGGAGGCCAAAACUGAUAGGAAGAACGAGCUGAUGUUUGAGCGCUACAACAAGUUGCUGGCAGAUUACCGAUCCAAGAAGGAACAAAUGACAAAGGAGUAUUCCAGCGGAAAGAUUAUCUCCAAGGAGGAGGAAGCCGAAGAGAGAGCCUCCUGCUGCUACAGCUGCAACAGUAGCGACGGUGAAGGAGGGGGAAUCCAGAGGGAGGCACAUGCAGCCGCGAGAGCAGCUGCUAAAUCAGCCACAUCUCGACCGAGUGAAACUCUCAACACUAGAACCUCCAAUCAGCGUCACCCCAACAGUGAAUACUACAUGAGGGGAGAAAACGACAACUUCAUCGCAGAUGUACUAAACCGAAUAGACCAAAUAUACAACAAACAGUCCAGGUACACAGAUUUAAAAAAUGUCAACAACAGCAACAACAACAUCUGCAUAAAUGACCUGAACUUAAACAUAAUAAGUGAUUACUUAAAUGUGGACAUCUCUGUUUUCCACAAGAAGACUACCUUCCUUCUGUUGGGUAACCCUCAGAGUGGAAAGAGCUCCUUCAUUAAUUGGUUCACCGAAAGUUACGUCCAGAAUACGAAUUCGAUUGGAAAGAAAAACGAAAUUACAUACGUAGAUAUAAAAAAUAAGUUUAAGUUCAAUUUUAAGAGGUUAAAUAAUGCCAACUACCAGUUUGGCCUUCUGAACAGACACAGAAAUAGGGGUGGAUCUUAUGGCUCUUCUUUCCACUACAGUAGGGAAAGACCUCACCCACAGAUGAACCCUAAUCAUAUGGAGGACCCAAACGAGCAAGAUCUCUCCUCUCCUGCCAGUCCCAUACCUAGCAUGGAUAAACACAACCAAAGUGAGAAAGUAAUCCUCUCAGGAGAAAACUGCGAUUAUCUGUUUAUGCCAUUUCAGAAGCUACGAAAGAAGGCACACAAUGUUAAGAAAUACAUUUUUGGAAAAAUCUGCUACCAGAAUAAUCUGACCAAGUACAUGAACAGAAUAAAUUCGGUAUCUUUUUUAGAUACAAGUGGGAUCAAUGACAUAGGUGAUGUGGAGUAUGAUGAAAUUAUCAUGAAUCUGUCCAAAUACGUAGAUGCAAUUUUCCUCUUUCUCGAUUCUAAUCAGUUUUCUAUAAACAACAGACUCCUUCGAAUUAUUAACUAUCUGAUGGAUAAUCAGCUCAACAAAGUUACCAUCUGUCUCACCAGAAUUGACAUGAUUCAGAAGAUUAACCUCUACAGAGUGGUGUUCUACCUCACUCAAUAUUUUUUAAGAAGCUUAAAUCUGUUUAGGUACAGCUUCGCCAACCCAAAUGGGGCCGCUUCCCUUGUCGACGGGAUGGAAAUGGAGCCCUACAUGGGUCACCACACCGGAAGGAAGCAGCACGGCCAACUGGAUUGGCGAGGCGGGCUCAAUUGGAGAAGCGGACUGAAUUGGAGAGGCAGCCUGAAUUGGCGAAACCCACUCAGCAAAAACGCUCACAUGAUAAACGAAUUCUUCAAUCGAUCCAUUCGGUCCUUCCAGAACGUCCUUCUAUUCCCCAAAAUGCUCACCAAAAUGAUUAGCCGAAGAGCCACUCAACGGGUGAGUUUCGGCGGCGCUUUUGCCUCCAGGAGCUCCCUUCGCAGUGCGAGGGGGGAAGUCGACCGGAGCGACAUAGACGAUGUGGGGCAAUGCUGCGGAGAGGAAGACGGGGGGUAUAACCAAGGAGGACCAAGCUAUAAUGAAGGAUUACAUAGCUAUGGUGAAGCAGACCACUACUACGGUGAAGAGGAACCCUACCAAGACGAUCGGCAACUCUGCUAUGGAGACGACCAGAGCAACUUCCCGACGCGGCACAGGAAAGGCGAGCGCGUGCAGGAGAAAGUUACCGGUGAAGAAGAGACAGGCGGAAUUUUCAAAAAAAUUUUGACCAAAAGUUACAACUCGUUUAAGGACAAAAUAUUGAGCUCGGGGAAUGCCGCCAAGGGGGACAUCUGUCGAUUAAACUCGAUGCGAAACGGGGGGCAAGCUUCGAGGGGGCAAGCUCAGAUGAGGCACACCUCUAUGGGGCACCCUUCCGUGGAACACCCUUCCAUGGGCCCCUCCCCCAUCAAACGCGUCGAUCCGUCAAAAUCAAACGAGGGGAAGCUUAAGACACACCUGGACAAACUGUUCGAAAAAAAAAUAAACUACGGAGACUGCCUCAAAAACAUUAGCAUAUUCUUUCUUGUCCUCAUCUACGAAGUAGUAACAACGAUAUAUAGUCUAAUCCAUACGAGCAUAAACAAUUACAUCAGCAGGAGCAGUGGUGCUCGCGGACGAGCUGUGAACGUCGACAAGCUCUACCAACUGGAUGAAGCAAACAAAUUAAAAUACACUGAUAUCAACGAUGGAGAAAACAACACGUAUAAGGUACUCGAAUUUUUAACCAUCUAUCUUCCAGAAAUUCCAAGCGACUUACUUAAAAAGGAAAAGUGGAAAUAUGAGAAGGGGAAGGUCGCAGGUGCUAAUCGGAAAUAUAAUAAUGAAAGAAGAAACCGAUUUAGCUGUAACAUUCAGUAUCAACAUGAUGAGUAUGGGAGGGAACUGAAGAAUGAUUUGUGUCAGGAUGAGCAGGAUAAUCACAUGGACAAUAGGCCUACGAAUUCGAGAUAUGGUCAGAGGAGAAGCAUACCAGAGGAGUUUCUCAUUCUGGGGAAUGGAAACGGUGCGGUCAGCAGAUACGGGGAGUAUGGGAAAGGGAAUUAUCCCCGUGGGAAUUACUUCCCCGGUGUGGAUGAUGACGUGUAUGGCGAGUCCUUCCUGAAGGACAUCGACUACCAUGGAAACGGGAGAAGCUCGGCCUACCUCCCCCCGGGUGUGGACAGCGGCAUGAACGGCGGAAUGCACAGCAGAAUGCACAAGGGGAUGCGCACCGCUAUGCACCCCCCUAUCCGCAACGAAGACGUGCGGGAACUUAACAUGAUACACGAGCUGAUAUUCAAAAUCGACGAAACGAUCGACCUGAAGAGCAACCAAAGCAUCUAUAUGCUCAAGAGAGACCUUGAGAAAAUACGAAGCACCUGUUUGAAAAAGAUCUCCGACAAUGAACACGUAGUGAAGCAAAACAGGUCUCUUCGAAUUCAAAAUUUGAAGUUCUAUUUCUUCAAAUAUAUGGCCAUCUUCUUCGGCUUUAUCAUUUCGUUACUUAGAUACGACAUGUUGGUCUACUUCAAUUUUAUCAAGCCAGAAUUACUCUUCAGCAUUUUUUCAAAAUAUUUCCUCUUCCUCUCAUCAUACAAUAAAAAUUCACUGUUCAUUGCUGUGAACAUUUUGUUAGUGGUUGCUUAUUUGGGGCUAUACGUGAGAUACAAUCGGCGUAAUUACUUCAAAUCUCUCGGGAAGAGUGACCUGAAUAAGCUCAAGAUAAUUUUGCUCUUCACGCAGAUCAUCUUCGACGAGAUUAACCAGUUGCACUUGAGGCUCGUAGGCGGGAGGGAACGGGACGACCCGGGCCAGCCCAGCGCGCCAAGCGGCCCCAGCGAGUCAAAUGGGCCUAGCGACAGGGAAGACGGCGACUAUGGCGAGGGCGGCUGGUACGGCGGUUACGAUGACUACGGCGAUUACCGCCAUUCUCGCCAUCCGCGCAGGUGA